CAUAGAUCCUAGUUAUUUUAAAAUUGUUAAAAUAAAUGAGAUUCUUGGAAUACAUCCAGAAAUUUUCAGGUUUGAAUUAAAACCUGGUCUCUCAAAAGUUGUAACACAAAUAAAUUUUGAUCGAUUUAAUAUUUGGGAAAGAAACCCAGAUAAAAACGAUUUAGAAUUUCAUUAUUUUGAACUAUACAACGCCGGGGAUCAUGGGAUUUUAUUUGAUAUACACACAUCAGGUACUGGAGGAGGAGAGACAUUUCAAAUUUUAACAGAAAGAGGCCUUCCAUACUUCACCGGUUUGAUUGGAUUCUAUGGCAAAUUACUUAGACUGUUUGGCGAUGAUAAUAAUUAUGUGGAUGUUAAAUUGGAUGUUAAGGACAGUUUUGAUAUGUUAUACCAUGAUUACAAAAUUAAAAGGCAUGGUUUAGGAAGUUAUGAAGUUUUCAAAUCAUUUUCCGAUGAAGAAUUUUUCCAAAUUUCAGAGGGAAAUGUUAUCAUCUGGGAUUCAAAAUCACCUUAUGACCCACAUCCAAAUGUAUCAACUCAUAAUGAUGGUUCUCCACUAUUAUCCUCCGGAAAGCAGUUAUCCUGUCAAACUGUUGAACUCUUUAGAAGACUUAACUUCAUUUAUUUAGUUGUAUUGACUUUAGAAAAUGAUGAAAUUGUGUACUUUAAGAUAGUAGAUAACUCUGUUCUUGAAUAUGGUCGAACCCCAAAAUUCCAAAGGGUUUAUGAAGAAGAGUUUACUAAAGCCAGGACGGAAUAUGAAUUUGACGAAUUGUUGAAAAAAAGGUUUGAAAAAAUUCCAGACCCACCCAUUCCUAAAGAGCAAAACUCUCUUGGUGAAUUUGAUGUUAGUAGGAAAAGAGAUUAUUUCAAUUAUGUAUUAGAUAGCUUUUUUGGAAUCAGACAAGUUACCCUUCAUAUGAUAAGCUAUAGAUAUGUUGGAAUUAUGAAAUAUGAAGACCAACGAAUCGUUGAAUUCAAAUCUGGAGAUGUUUAUCGAAUUAAUAUAAUCAAAUCCAAUGUGGAAACAAAGUAUAUAGAGAUAAUUGUAACUAGGAAUGGAAAUUUAAACAUAACAUACUUUGCAAAAAAACGAAAUGAAACAACAUGGAAAAAAAUUACAAAUUAUGAUUUUGACGAUGCGUUGAGAAGUGAAAUUAAUUACAAAGACAAAUGUACUGAAUGUAAUGAAGUAGAAACAAUAGUAGAUGAUCUACCAUCAGAAAUCAAGAUCCAAAUUAAUCCGGAAUUUAAAACCCAACCAAUUGAAGAUAAUCCUAGAAAACUUCCUAGUGCAUCAACUAACGUGAAUAUAAAAGGUGGCGGAUUACGAGUCAACUCUAGUUUCAAAAUUAAUAAAAGUUCCUUAGUGUUAUUAGCAAUUUUGUUAAGUCUAAUUUAAUUUCUACUUUA